AGUUAAAGUGAGACUGAGUGUAAUAUUAUGUGCCAAGAAUCUUGCAAAGAAAGAUUUCUUCAGACUUCCUGACCCAUUUGCAAAAAUAGUUGUUGAUGGGUCAGGUCAGUGCCAUUCAACUGACACUGUGAAGAACACACUGGACCCCAAAUGGAACCAGCAUUACGAUCUAUAUGUUGGGAAGACAGAUUCCAUAACCAUCAGUGUAUGGAACCAUAAAAAAAUCCACAAGAAACAGGGAGCUGGCUUCCUGGGGUGUGUCCGACUCCUCUCCAAUGCCAUCAGCAGGCUAAAAGAUACUGGAUACCAGCGUUUGGAUCUAUGCAAACUAAAUCCCACAGAUACCGAUGCUGUACGAGGCCAAAUAGUGGUCAGUUUACAGACACGGGACAGAAUAGGCACAGGAGGUUCUGUAGUAGACUGUAGAGGGCUUUUGGAGAAUGAAGGAACGGUUUAUGAAGAUUCCGGACCGGGAAGGCCACUGAGCUGUUUCAUGGAGGAACCAGCACCAUAUACAGACACUACGGGGGCUGCUGGUGGAGGCAACUGUCGCUUCGUAGAGUCGCCCAGUCAAGAUCAGAGGCUUCAGGCACAGCGACUUCGGACUCCUGAAGUCAGAGCUCAUGUACAGACACCUCAGAACAGACCGCAUGGUCACCAGUCGCCUGACCUACCGGAAGGCUAUGAACAAAGAACAACGGUGCAGGGACAGGUUUAUUUUUUGCACACACAGACUGGAGUUAGCACAUGGCAUGACCCUAGGAUACCAAGAGACCUUAACAGUGUGAAUUGUGAUGAACUAGGACCUUUGCCUCCAGGUUGGGAAGUUAGAAGUACAGUUUCAGGAAGAAUAUAUUUUGUAGAUCAUAACAACAGAACCACACAAUUCACAGAUCCACGACUACAUCACAUCAUGAACCAUCAAUGCCAGCUAAAAGAGCCCAGCCAGCAGCCUCUGCCAGCUCCAAAUGAGGGGUCACUAGAAGACGGUGAGGAGUUGCCUGCACAAAGAUAUGAAAGAGACUUGGUACAAAAACUGAAAGUUCUUAGACAUGAGCUCUCUCUUCAGCAACCACAGGCUGGUCACUGUCGCAUUGAAGUAUCCAGAGAGGAAAUAUUUGAGGAAUCCUAUCGUCAGAUAAUGAAGAUGAGGCCAAAGGACUUGAAAAAGAGGCUUAUGGUGAAAUUUCGAGGAGAGGAAGGCCUAGAUUAUGGAGGAGUAGCAAGAGAAUGGUUGUACUUACUGUGCCAUGAAAUGUUGAAUCCCUAUUAUGGACUCUUCCAGUACUCCACAGAUAAUAUUUACAUGCUGCAAAUCAAUCCAGACUCUUCUAUCAAUCCUGACCAUUUGUCUUAUUUCCAUUUUGUUGGUCGGAUAAUGGGUUUGGCUGUGUUCCAUGGACACUAUAUCAAUGGGGGUUUCACGGUUCCCUUUUACAAACAGCUUCUAGGGAAGCCCAUUCAGCUCUCUGAUCUGGAAUCUGUUGACCCAGAAUUACACAAAAGUUUAGUCUGGAUCUUAGAGAACGAUAUCACCCCAGUUCUGGACCAUACUUUUUGUGUGGAACACAAUGCUUUUGGGCGGAUUUUACAGCAUGAACUCAAACCAAAUGGCAGGAAUAUUCCAGUGACAGAAGAGAACAAGAAAGAAUAUGUCAGGUUGUAUGUAAACUGGCGAUUUAUGAGAGGAAUAGAGGCACAGUUCCUGGCUCUGCAGAAAGGUUUUAAUGAACUUAUUCCCCAACAUCUCCUUAAGCCUUUUGACCAGAAGGAACUUGAGCUAAUCAUAGGAGGCCUGGAUAAGAUAGACCUGAAUGACUGGAAGUCAAACACACGCCUAAAGCACUGCAUGGCCGAUAGCAAUAUUGUGAAGUGGUUCUGGCAAGCAGUGGAAACAUUUGACGAAGAAAGAAGGGCAAGGCUGCUGCAGUUUGUGACGGGUUCGACGCGUGUCCCACUUCAAGGUUUCAAGGCUUUACAAGGCGCUGCAGGACCCAGACUGUUUACCAUCCAUUUAAUAGAUGCAAACACAGACAACCUUCCAAAAGCCCACACUUGCUUUAACCGGAUUGACAUUCCGCCUUAUGAGUCAUACGAGAAGCUUUAUGAGAAGCUGUUGACAGCUGUGGAAGAGACAUGUGGGUUUGCUGUGGAGUGA